UCUGUUAUCUUCCGUUCCCCGCCGUCCGAGCAGCGGAUCUCCUCCGGACCUGCACCGGGAUUUAUUGAAUUCUUAUGAAAGUUCACUGAUAGCAGAAGCGCUCCUCCCAUGGUGUCCCCGGGAGACUCCCCGGCCUCUACUCGACUUUACGGAAACUAUCGGCGACCGUUUGGGGGUCUUGGAAAUCAUGGAAACGUGGUUUUUGCAUCACGUCCUCGGGGUGUCUCUGUCGGUCCUGCUCCUGGGUCUACCGGGGCCCCUAGGGGCAGGGACCCCCAGUAACAACAGCACGGAUCCGGUAACGGCAGGAUUUUAUUAUUCAACCGCCACAGACGAACUCACUAACAUGGAAAACAAUGCAACUUCAACUUCAUACUCCAGCGAGAGUUUAUCAGCAUCACAGAGGAACAUCCUGCUCACACACACUGCUGAAUCACACACUGCUGCUGCUGGAAACUUCGACACUGAUCAGACGCAAACAUUCACAGAAACAAGCAUCGGGUCACUAGAAGCCAUAAGUUUGUCUACUGAGCCACUCACUCCCACCCUUGUUAUAGCCACCACUGAGGCCAGCAUCAGCACAGGCAGCAGCAGCACUGGUAUCAGCACUGGUAGCAGCACCGGUAGCAGCAGCACUGGUAGCAGUACCGGUAGCAGCAGCACUGGUAGCAGCUCCGGCAGCAGUACCGGUAGCAGCAGAACUGGUAGCAGCACCGGCAGCAGUACCGGUAGAAGCAGCACUGGUAGCAGCACCGGUAGCAGUACCAGUAACAGCAGAACUGGUAGCAGCACCGGCAGCAGUACCGGUAGCAGCAGCACUGGUAGCAGCAGCACUGGUAGCAGCACCGGCAGCAGUACCGGUAGCAGCAGCACUGGUAGCAGUACCGGUAGCAGCAGCAUUGGUAGCAGCAGCACUGGUAGCAGCACCGGCAGCAGUACCGGUAGCAGCAGCACUGGUAGCAGCAGCACUGGUAGCAGCACCGGCAGCAGUACCGGUAGCAGCAGCACUAGUAGCAGCAGCGCUGGUAGCAGCACCGGCAGCAGUACCGGUAGCAGCAGCACUGGUAGCAGCAGCAGGGCCUGGAAGGACUUUACUAACACAAACCAGAUGCCAGACGCCUUCCCUGCUGUGUCCUCCGAGGCUAGUUCCUGGAUGUUGUCCAGACUGCCCCAGGACAGCCCGGACACCACCCUCCGACUAGGAGAUGCCUCAGACUCAAUGUCCCACACAGCCGUCCACACCGACAGCACCUACACUUCUACCGCCAUCAGCCGAGCUGGGGAGAGGACCCUGCUGUCUGUCACCUCCUCUUCCAGUAACAGCACCUCCUCUGCCUUUACAGAGGACUCCAACUCCCAUCAGCCCCCCUCCACUUGGGGUAUUUCUGCACGGGCUACCGAGACUGAGGACUACACCCACAGUGCGCCGGCCACCAGGACUGACAGCAGAGACACAACAGACCAGCACAUGACGCACUCCUUCAAGGGGAUAUUUCCAGAGACAAGUUUAACUGGACAACCUAAUGCCACCCAUCAUCAAUACACCUCAACAUCAGAGGAGACCUCUGACUCGACACCACCUCUCAGAGUAACCGAGCCCAGCACUGACCAAUCGGAAGUGUCCGUUUCCUCCACACCUUCUGUAACCUCACCUGCAGAAGGUCCUACAAACAUCUCAGGGACAGAGCAGGGGUCGGGCUUUAGUGUUACAACCUCCACUGAGUUCUCCACCGGAGCCCACAGCUCCAGCACCCAGAACCAGGAGGCCACUGUGGGGGUUUCAUCCCAGACCAGUGACCAAAGCGUUGGCUUGGGUCUGACCACAGCACCCCCGACAGUCAGUAGUACAUCAGAAGUGGACAACUCUCUAACAGACACUCCAGUGCUCGUUACUAAGUUCUUCCUCAUCACCACACCUGUCACUGUUACAGAAAGAUCACAGAUAACGGAGGAAGACACUUUCAAAACCACUGCGCCCACCUCCACCACCACAACCACCACCACCACCACCACCACAGCAACCAGCCCUCCUUUACCAGCAACCUCAUCCUCCAGGUUCAGUAGCACCGCUAGCAUCUCUACUCCAGGGUCACCUACCGAGGCCACCGUCCCGUACACUACGCCCUCCACCACCCUGGCCUUGCUGACCUCUGCCGUGCACGCAACUCCCCGCGUGUCGCCCAGCCAAACCCAGGGACCCUCAACUGGGAUGGAUAACCCCACAAACGCCACCACCCUGCAGAUAGAGACAAGCACGGACACCCCGGGAAUCACCACGACUCACAGCGAGCACAUCACCACCUCCUACACCCACAGAACCCCAACUAAGAGUACAGAGGCUCUGCAGACCACCGGGAAACAGACAGACAGAGGAACUACAGAGCUGGUUGGGACCACAUCACCCACCAAGGCACCGCCAACACCACCAGGGAACCCUUGUGUGUCAAACCCUUGUAUGAACGGAGGGAUGUGUGUGAGCUAUAAAGGGCAUCAAUUCACCUGCCACUGUCAGCAGGCAUGGACAGGACUGACCUGCAACCAGGAUGUGGAUGAGUGUGAGAGGGACCCAUGCCCCGUUGGGUCCAGGUGUGUGAACACGCGAGGUUCCUUCAGCUGUGAAUGUCCGCUGGGCUUCGACCUGGAGGACGGACGCACCUGCACCAGAGCAAAGGCGUUUCUGGGAACUUUCAAAGUUAACAGAUUUCCACAUGACCCUGUUAUCUUCAAGAGCGCCACCAUGCAUGAGAUCCAGAGAGAGCUCAUUCAGCUGCUCAAUGCUUCCUUGUCAGUCCUCCGAGGUUACAGCCGCUCAACGCUAAGUAAGAACAACUCUGAGGACCCCCCGUUGAAGAUCUCUGCAUUAGAAGAAGAGGCUGAGGUUCGUAUCUCAGCUGUCAACAUGUUUUCCAUUUCCACCGAUGUGACGAGCGCAGAGGUCUACAACAGCAUCCAGAUGUCUCUCAGCAACUGCAGCUCCUCAUUGGCCCACUGCCGGAUGGUCCUGCAGCACCAGCUCACCUAUCAAGUGGAAAGUCUGUGUGUGGCCCAGAAGACUCAGUGUGAUACAGAGCGCUCCACCUGCACAGACAACAGUGGCACAGCCAACUGCCAGUGUCUUCAAGGAUACUACAAACACAACCCUGACGACCUGUCCUGCUUAGAAUGCGGGGAUGGCUACAAGCUGGAAAAUGGCACCUGUGUUCCGUGCAUGUUUGGAUUUGGAGGAUUCAACUGUGGAAAUUUUUACAAGCUGAUUGCAGUCGUGGUGUCACCUGCAGGGGGCGCUCUGCUCCUCAUCCUCAUCAUUGCUCUCAUUGUCACCUGUUGCAAGAAAGACAAGAAUGACAUCAACAAGAUCAUCUUCAAGAGUGGAGACAUGCAGAUGUCCCCGUACGCAGACUUUGCCAAAAAUAACCGCAUAUCCACGGAGUGGGGCAGGGAGACCAUAGAGAUGCAAGAGAACGGCAGCACCAAGAACCUGCUGCAGAUGACUGACAUUUACUACUCUCCUGCGUUGCGUAACUCAGACCUGGAGAGAAACGGCCUGUACCCGUUCACAGGCCUGCCGGGUUCUCGCCACUCGUGCAUCUACCCUGCCCAGUGGAACCCCUCUUUUAUCAGUGACGAUUCACGAAGGAGAGACUACUUCUGACUGCCCCACCUUGAACACACACAAACACACACACACACACACACACACACACACACGCACAACUUACUAUCUCUUAUAAUGAUGUGUUAUAAUGGUUUUCCGUCACAGUGAGAGUGGGAGCCCAUUUGACCAUCUGCAUUCAGGGCUGCACACUAACUAUGUAAAUGCAGGUGUGUGUGUGUGUGUGUGUGUGUGUGUGUGUGUGUGUGUGUGUGUGUGUGUGUGUGUGUGUGUGUGUGUGUGUGUGUGUGUGUGUGUGUGCGUGCAUGUGUGUGUGUCUGCAUAUUAUUGAAGUGCACAUUUUUUUUGCAAGUGAAAUAUAUUUCUGAGAGUGUUAUUGUGUGGCCAUUUCAGUGUUUUUGCAUGUUUUAGCUCAUUUGCUUCGACUCACACAUUACAUUGCUGCCACUGUGUUGUUAAAGACUGUUUAAUGUGUUUUUCGUGCCUUGCAGGCAGCCUCUGAUUCUCAUUUACUUACACUGUAUGAUAAAAAACUAUUUCCAGACGCUUGAAAUGUGCUUGAGGUAGGCCAUGACAGUAAACAAUCAUAUCUGCCUUGUUGCUGCCUUUUAAUGCAGUGCAGUUUUGCUUGAAAAAUCUGCACUGCAUUAAUGCACAAUAUUAAAUAAAAGCAGAUAUAAUAUUCACUGUGCUCAAAGACAGGAAUGUGAGUUCAUGACCACCAGGAAUGUGGGAAAACACAAUCAGAUUACAUGUUUUUUUUAAACAGCAGUGAUGUAAAGUGUAUGUGAUGUGUAGCAAAUAGACACGUGCAAAACCAUUGAUAUGGUCCUUUAAGUGCUGAAGUAUGAAUAUGUACGUGCCACUGCUGUGAUUUGAAAAUAAUUAGUUUCUUCUUAGAUAAUAGUCUGAGAAUAAAGUAUUGAUGGAACAAGACAAUAACAAAACCACUGAAGGAUGUGCAAAGUUCGGUUUAAUGCCAAUAGAAACUGAGGAACGACUUUGAAUUCUGAUAACGACGUUUAUUUAUUCCCUCUUUGUCCAAGUCCUUGACAUGUAGCAUACUGGACACCUUACAUACACACUGACAGACUGGAGAUGGAUAAACUUGUGGCUUGUGUGUGUGUGUGUGUGUGUGUGUGUGUGUGUGUGUGUGUGUGUGUGUGUGUGUGUGUGUGUGUGUGUGUGUGUGUGUGUGUGUGUGUGUGUGUGUGUGUGUGUGUGUGAGAGAGAGAAGCGAGCGAGCGAUAGAGAGAGAGAGAUUGUGUGUCUUAAGUAUGUGUGUGUGUGAUGUGUGUAUACGUGUGUGAGGAGUAAUUAACUGUACACCAGAAGGAUCAAAACUGUCAGUGAGUGUUUGAAUUUAAAGAGUGUAAAGAUGUAUCAUAAUUAGUUUGCUUUUUCUGACAUGGAGUAUUAUUUUUAUGUGUCUGUUUUACUUCUUUGUGUUUAUAUAUGAUUUGUUCAUUCUGGCGUUUUAGUCAGACGUGCUUAUUUAAAUAAAGAAAUUUGCACAGCA